UCAUCAGAUGAGUCAUCCACGUCUUCUACAGUAACCCAAAAGGAUACUACAGUAACACCUUGUACUGUCUGUGGUGACGUGGCAAAUGAGAAAAGAUACGGUACAUGGGCAUGUCUAGGGUGUAUCGUGUUCUUUCGGAGGAUCGUUUUGAGGAAAAUGAAGUAUAAAUGUCAAAGAGAGGAAAGAUGUGAUGUUACUGUAGAAACCAGAUGUGUUUGUCGAUCGUGUAGGAGGAAAAAAUGU